UUAAAAAACUUCUUCUCUCUCUUCCCUUUCCCCUCACCCGCUUUGCGUAUCUCUUUCUCCACUUCUCCAUUAUCUCCUUCUUCUUCCUCAAUUCUCUCUCUGCAUCUGUCUGAAAGAUGUCUCCCGUUGCAGAGCCCUCGUCUUCUUCAAAAACAAUCGGCGAACACAUAAAACUCCGACGUCCCAGAAACCAAACCUCCCGCCACAUCCGGCCUAUUUGCUCCACCGUCGCCGCUGAUGACCCGCCGCUGACCCACGUCGUUCCUACGGCGGCGCAACCGACCCGGCUCUGCAAAUCCGCCAUGUCCUUAUUCCUCGUCCCCACCACCUCCAACAAUACCUCCUUGCCCACGAGGAAGAAACCCAUUGGCUUCUCCCAAGCGGCGUCUUUUCGUGGGCUGGGUUGCACCGCCGCCGCUUCUCAGCAGGUCUCCGUCCCCGCCGUGAUUCGCUCCUCCGCGGAGUGGGGGGAGGAGAAGAAGGCGAAGGAUAAGAGGAAGAAGAACAGCAACAAGAAGAAGAACGGUGGGGGCUUCAAUGGCGGCUCGAUUAAGAUCUUGAGCGAGAGUAGAGGAGGUGGUGUCGAUGGAGGUGGUUGCGUGGCGAUUCCGGAUGUCUGGUGCGGACCGGGAAUUGGGUUCUCGACGGAUGCGGUGGUCGGGGGCUCUGUUGAUCCGGUCGUGUCGGGUCCUUCGAGAAGGAAUCUUCCGGCGAGACGCAAAAUUGAUGGAGAUAGGAGCAAUAGUAGCAGUAAUAACAAUUACAAUCACAGAGAGUCUUCUUCUGUCCUUCCAAGGCGCUCUCCCAAUCAAGAAUUUCCUCCUUUUUGGGAUUCAGAUCCAACCUUUGUGACCUCACGCCCUGAGCCAACAUUGUUCCCCAACAGACAGCAUCGUCAUUUUCGACACCCUUACGCCGAGGGUCUUGCUGAGAUUAUGAUGCUGCAGAAUGGUUUUGUGAUGGGAGGGGUGUUUGAUUCACACGAUCACUUCCGCGACCUGAGGCUCGAUGUCGAUAACAUGUCAUAUGAGCAACUACUUGAGCUCGGUGAUAGAAUCGGAUAUGUGAACACCGGUCUAAAAGAAGAGGAGAUAAACCGAUGCCUACGAAAGAUCAAACCCUCGAUUUCAGAUGCAGAUAAAAAGUGCAGCAUUUGUCAGGAGGAGUACGGGAUCGAUGAAGAGACAGGUAAACUGAAUUGUGGGCACAGCUUCCAUGUCGAAUGUGUGAAACAAUGGCUGUCAAGAAAGAAUGCCUGCCCUGUCUGCAAGACCGAGGCUAACCCCGUCGAUCUGUAAGAAGCCCUGAAUCCGUUCUUUUUUUUUCUUCGAGCUCGGAUUCCGACAUGCCUGAAAUCUGUAUUCGGUUUCCAUAUAUGAACCUGUUUGGUUGUAUAGAUCUGAUUUUCCCAUCUCAAGUUCAGGUUGUUCAUUCUUUUGUCUUUGGAGGUUUGAAUCCUCCUCCAAUGUGACUUUCCAACAGUUUUAUGCUCUGCUACUUCUUUUCU